AUGUCGGGCGCCGUGCAAGAAGUCCGCCGACACCUGCUCAAGCUGGCUCAGACAUGGCCCAAGGACCCGCUGCGUCCUAGCAUGGACUUUGGUGAGGCCAUACGACGUGCCACCGAGGCCGAGCUCACGGGUCCUCAGGCGAAGCGCCAUUUGGCCGAGUCGCGCAAAUCACUCGCGGCGCUGGAGCGCAUCCGCACGAGUGAGAGCCUGCGCGAGUAUCCUACGCCCCGCCAUAUCCUGCAGCCUGCGUCGUCACCGAGCCACUAUGCGCAGCUCGUCGAGACCAUGAACCGAAUCACACGUGGCCAAUCUGUCAAGCCCACAAUGGCACAGCGCGUGCGCCGCUUUUUCGGCCUUCCUGUACACUAA